UUUUAAACCAAAUCAAAGGAAAGAGAAAGAAAUUGUGUUCAUUGAUCAUUCAUUGAGUCCACAUCUCUGAAAUUUUUGCCUCCGCAACCUUCGGUUCCGGAGAAAGAAAAAAUCACACAAAUUUAUUAUUAAUUAAUUAAUUAAUUAAAUUUAGGAUAAUUAAAUUAAUAUAUAUUUCCAUAAAUACAAUCUCUUUGUUUCUUUCUCUCUCUUCUGUUCUGUUCUGUUUAUGUUGUAUUGUGUUCAGUAUUGAAUGUCAAAUCCAGCGAAGAAUUAGAUUUUGAAAGCGGGAAAUGCUGGAAUCGAUUGGCUGUGAAUCAAAAUCCUAAAAAGACUUUUUCUUUAUUACUUUCAACAAUUUUUUGUAUAUGGGGAGUGGAGCUACCUUAGUGGACGGUGUUCGUCGCUGGUUUCAACGUCGUCCUACUUCUUCUUCUUCUACCUCUACUUCUACUUCUUCAUCUUCUUCUUCUAUUGAUGAUAAUAAUAAUAAUAAUGAUGGUCUUCUAUCUCUGAAACAAGAAUCUCAAGGCCUUACUGUUGUUGAAGAAGAUUUUGAUUUUUCUGGAUUGAACCCUAUUAACGUACCCAUUAGGACCCAAUUCAAAAUUGGACAUAUGCAUACUCAAAAGAAGGGAGCAGAGGCAGAUUUCUUCACUGAAUAUGGAGAAGGAAGCCAAUAUGAGAUUCAGGAAGUUAUUGGGAAAGGAAGUUAUGGUGUUGUUGGUUCUGCAAUCGACACUCAUACUGGAGAAAGAGUUGCAAUUAAGAAGAUUAAUGAUGUUUUUGAACAUGUUUCUGAUGCUACUCGAAUUCUGAGAGAAAUUAAGCUGUUGAGAUUGCUUCGCCAUCCAGAUAUAGUUGAAAUAAAACACAUUAUGUUGCCUCCUUCACGACGGGAAUUUAAAGAUAUCUAUGUUGUUUUUGAGUUGAUGGAAUCUGAUCUUCACCAAGUAAUCAAGGCGAAUGAUGAUCUUACUCCCGAGCAUUAUCAGUUCUUUUUAUACCAGCUUCUUCGGGGUCUUAAAUACAUUCAUACAGCAAAUGUAUUUCAUCGCGAUUUGAAGCCUAAGAACAUCCUUGCUAAUGCUGAUUGCAAACUUAAGAUAUGUGAUUUCGGGCUUGCUCGAGUUUCUUUCAAUGAUGCCCCAUCUGCUAUCUUUUGGACUGAUUAUGUUGCCACUCGAUGGUAUCGUGCUCCUGAGCUCUGCGGUUCAUUUUUCUCAAAAUAUACUCCUGCAAUUGAUAUUUGGAGCAUAGGAUGCAUAUUUGCCGAAAUGCUUACAGGGAGGCCACUGUUUCCUGGGAAAAAUGUGGUACACCAAUUGGAUCUCAUGACCGAUUUGCUCGGUACACCCCCACCUGAAUCCACUGCAAGGAUUCGAAAUGAAAAAGCACGAAGGUAUCUUAGUAGCAUGCGAAGCAAACAACCGGUUCCAUUCUCACAAAAGUUCCCUAAUGUGGAUCCAUUAGCUCUUCGUUUACUGGAACGCUUGCUUGCAUUCGACCCUAAAGACCGUCCAUCAGCUGAAGAGGCACUAGCUGAUCCUUACUUUAUCGGUUUGUCAAAUGUGGAACGCGAACCAUCUACUCAAGCCAUCUCAAAACUCGAAUUUGAGUUUGAGCGUAGGAAAUUGGCAAAGGAUGACGUUAGGGAGUUGAUAUAUCGAGAGAUUUUAGAGUACCAUCCUCAGAUGUUGCAGGAGUAUCUUCGAGGAGGAGAGCAGACUAGCUUCAUGUACCCCAGUGGUGUCGAUCGAUUCAAGAGGCAAUUCGCCCAUCUCGAGGAACACUUUGCUAAAGGCGAUAGAAGCAAGAGUGGAAAAAGUACUCCCCUUCAAAGACAACAUGCUUCACUUCCAAGAGGACGUGUUACUGUCCCGAAGGAAAUCCUCGACGAGCAAAAUGAUGAUUUCGAAAGGAGAACUAAUGCUUCUGUUGCCUCAACUCUUGAUAGUCCAAGAGCACAACAGCCUGAUGGUUUACAGAGCGUAAAUACAGACACGCCCAGCAAAGCAAACCCGAACGUUCGUAGCUUGUUGAAGAGUAAUAGCAUUAGCGCUUCUAAGUGUAUAGGCAUGAAAACAACAACGAAAACUGAUUCGGAGGAUGAACCGAUUGCUGAGGUUAUGGAUGAGGCAGUUGACGGGUUAUCUCAGAACGUAGCAGCGCUUCGUGCUUGAUUCUGUCACAUGUUCCUUCAUUAUGUUCCGAAGGGGUGUGUUUUUUGCCACAAUUUUAUUAUGAAGAACUUCAUUUUCGCUUCGAGUUUGAUCCUAAGCUAACAAUAUCGAAAAGAUGAGGUUUUUCUCCUGUAAUUUUUUUACUCUUAUUGAUUUUUGGAAAGAAAGAACAAGAGAUAAUAUUUUGUUGCACAAUGUGUAACCAUAGAAAAGAAAAAAAGAAAAGUACUAAAGUGAGAAACAUUGCCAUUUUGUUUUUUAAUGUAACAAAGUUUAUUUUCACUUUGUUAAGGAUUUUAUUAUAUAUAUAUAUAAUAGAAAAAUGUUUUUUUUUUU